UUCUCUUUCAACAUCAAAUGUAUGUACACGCUUAAUUCCAGCGAGCUGAUAUGGAUUCGUUGUAUAGGUCAGAAUGUACUUGCACGUCCUCGUACAGUCCAGGUUCAUCGUGCAAACCACAAAAUAAGUAUCUGUCGUAUUUGUUGGAUGAAUUUGAGAAGUGUUCGCAACAGAGCAGCGACUUGUCCAGACUUCAAAAGGAAAAUGUGUCCAUGAAAAAAGAAAUAGCAGAAGCACAAAGGGAGAUUCGCGAUUUGAAGUUUGAGAAACAGCUUUUGUCUGAAAAAGUAAGUUCUAUGCAGCGAGAAAUGCAAGAGCAAAAGUUGCUGCAUUCUCAACUUCGAGACGAAUCUAGCAGUGAGUUUCGUAGUUUAUAUCGCAAGUGUGGAAAUCAAGAAAAAGAUGUUGACUUGUUGAAGUACCAGAUGAAAAUGGGAGCAAAAAAGCAUGCACUCGACCUGGAAAACCUACGAUGGGAGCUUACCGCUACUCAAAAAUAUGGUGUUUCUUCCUACAGUCCAGUUGAUUUUGCAGAAAUGAGCGGAAAUGACAAAUUGUAAAUAUAUGUAUACAAAAUUUUAAAAUAAUUUUUCUUAUUUUUUGUACUAUUUGGUUUUAGUUAAGUA